AUUAUUGGAUUGGAUAGAAAUUCAGUUAGUUAUAUGCGAAGGACUAUGAGCCGUAGUCGCGCGACUGCAGUCGUACGGCUGCAAUCACUACAAUUGUGGCUUAGGAAUCCUGCCUUCAGUUAUAUACACUCCUCACUACAAAAUUAAUUUAUAGUUUUAAUACACUAAUCACUAAUGUAUAUUUACUAUUUACGAAUAUUUAAAGUGACUUUCCACUCGUCUCGUAUAUAUUUAUAGUGAAAAGAGAAUUUGAGAAGAGACAAUUUGCUUCUUAGUACGUCACUGGUUGUAGCUAAAAGCAUUUAGUUUGUAUAGAACCAACGCUGUAAAAAGUAUGCAUAAAACAAUUUUCAAGUACUGUAUAUAAUUAUGUUCAAUUAUUAAUGAGACAUUCUGUAUAUUCUGUACUUUCUUUUCAUAGGGAUAUACACCGUUACAUAUUUCCGCCCAAUUCGGCCACAAAGACGUCUUCAAACUUCUUAUUGAAGUAUAUAAAGCCGAUCCUAAUAUUCGCGAUUACAGUGGUAAAACUGCGGAUUAUUAUUUUUUCGUGAAAGAUCAAAAAGAAGGACAAGGUGUUACAUUGCGCAGUGAGUAUGGCACACAAAAGUCCAGGCAUGGUAAAUCUAGAAGUAAAAGCUUUCGCAACAAAAUCAUUUCUGCACCAACAAGCAUUGCUGUUUCAGUACCAUCUAUCGUCGAUUUUAUUAAAGUAGAAAACAACACGUUCUAGUUUAAUUUAUGUUAAUUGCAUUUAAUUUCAUUUUAAUGUUACCAUUUGAAUAUUUGAAAAUUUUCACCAUUAAUAUGGAGACCAUAUAGGAUGAGGAACGAAAAUAAAUGCUUUCUGAUUAUUGUAUUCUUGACAUGGCACUUAUACAAUGAAAUGACAAUAAAUGAUACACUUAAUGUUUCUAUGGUUGACAAUUCUACCAAAUGAUAAAAGUGUGUGCGUAAAAUUAAAGUUAAGGAGACCUGUACUAUAUUUAGAUGAGAUUUAGUUUGAUAAUCAUGAUGUUGUUGAGACACAAGCUCUUCUUUAAAUAGCUUUGUCCAUCCAAGAAACGGAGUGCUCAUAGUUGACGUGAUCUCUAAGGCCCCUUUCACACCAAACGAAUCCGAAUCAAUUUGGAUCACUCCGAAUCAAGUUGAAUCUGAUUCGUCAUCUCCACUCUUUCACACCAGCUGAAUCAACCUGAAUAAUUCUUAUCUGGAAUAUGUUUAAUUCUUCGCCAAUUUUCGUCCACACAGAAGAUAUGAGAUUUCUGUUGCUGUGAUUUUUAUCAGUGGCGUCAUAAAUCGCACUAUUUUCUUUAACUUUUAAAAUUAAUAACUCCACGUCCAUCUCGUAUGGUUGUUGAAUCAAGACUGACCGGACGAGGAAUCUGACAGGUUGAAUCAAGUGCGACCUCGAAUCAAACCUGAUUAAACCAGAGGCUCUUCGCAUUUAAACGGAGCGCUCGAAGCCGAAUCUUGGUCAAUCAGAUUCAACUUGAUUCGGAGUGAUUCUGAUUGAUUCGGAUUCGUUUGGUGUGAAAGGGCCCUAAGACGAAGUUCCAUGUACAGAGUCGUACUAAGCCACGAAUUAAACAAGAUAUAAUAAGCAACUAGGUAUCGAAUAAUUACUCAAGGCUUAACUAAUUAAAAAAGGAAAACCCUUUGUAUUUAACUUUGAAUUACAAAUAAAUUGGAACAUUUUAUUUCAGCAGAACAAACAAAAAUAAAAAUAAUAAAAUAAAGCUCGGUUUUCUCUAAUACAUUCAUUAUUUUUUCUAACUGAAUCAAAUUUUUUGCUUCAAUAGGGAAACUAAACAUUUUCUGAUUCCCCCCAGCUUUUUUUUUAUUUUCUAUCACGAACUAUUUUCAAAAACACAAAUUUGUAAAUAUAUAAACUAAAAUUUGUUCUGCUAUCAACUUUUUAUAAUAUAAUUAAUCGUAAUAAUUUUUUUUUGCGUAUUCCAUUUUCUAUAUGGUUUUCAUAUUAAUUGAAAUUAAAAUUCCCUUAAAUCAAUUCGAAUUGUAGAUCAAAUUGAGUUAGAAUUUCUGGAACCGUUCGUGAUAUUCAUUUUUAUUGCUACCACUACACCAACACUCCAAAUCAAACUGACGCACGUUUCGUUUACCAAAUUAUCAUCUUCAGAGAUCUAACUUUAUUAACAAAACGCACUCCAAAUAGUAGAAAGUGAAUGCUAGUGUAGUGGUAGAGCAAAGUAUGUUCAGUAUAGUUGAAAUGAAAGAAAACACAAGUAGAAUUAACAACAAUUUCUCUUUAGUACAUUUUUGGAAAGAAAAACCAUUGUAGUUCUGUAUCAUAUUUAAAUAGAAAUUUCUAGAACUGUUAAUGAUAAACAUAGUGAAAAUGUCAUAAAACCAUCAUUCACUAUUCAACUGAUACGCGUUUCGAUUACUAGGUUAUCAUCUUCAGAGAUCUUUACAAUUAAAUUGUGUGCUCUGAAGACGAUAACUUUGUUAUCAAAACGCACUUCAGGUAAUGCAAUGCGAAUGCUGUAAUGGUACAUUGUGUUCAGCGUAUUUGGAAUGAUUUUUUUUUUGUUCCACAAGGAAACAUAACAAUUUCUCUUUGGUACAUUUUUGAAUUAUGUGUGUGUAUAAUCGAAUGGGAAUUUCUGGAACGGUUAAUGGUAUUCAUACUGUUUACUAUCACUCACAAUUACAUAAUCUAGUUUUUUGGUUCAUACACGACUUGAAAGACCAGUGAGUGUAGGUGUAGUGGUAGUAAACAGUGCAUGAGUUGUUAAUUAAUCGAUUCAGCGACUCUUGAUUUUUUUUCCAAGAAAAACUUACAAAUACCGAUAAAUACGGUAACAUUUUAUACUGAUUUUCUUUUUGUUUUUGUUAAUAAACUUUAUAUAAAUUGAUGAAGAAAUUGUUGUCAUUUCUGAUACAACUUGUGUCUUCUAAACAGGUAUUUUUGCUAGUCAUUUUCACUACCUUUUUGGAAAAUUUUAUACUCUUUACCGAUUAUUUAUUUCUUCUCCAUUAUAUACCCAAAGGUGGCUCAAGAAAAACGAGUCUCGUACCGAAAUAUGAGGGUUUAUAAUGUUUUAAGAGCUCCCUCCAAACGGGAGGUCGAAAAAAUAUUUCCCAAAUUAUUUAAAAUUUCUAAAAUGGUCAAAUGUUUCACAUUAUUUAAUUUUUUUCAAGAAAAAUGAUGAAUAUCCUGAAAAACUCAAGUCGAAAUUUUAAUAUUUGAAGGACGCUGUAAAUUUUUCAAAGUUUCAAAGACAAGUACAUUAUUACAUAAAAAUAAUUGAAAAAAAAUUGCUUCUUAAAGAUUUUAAAAAUUUGGAGUGACCCUUAAAACAUUUUUUUUUGAACUGCCGUUUGGAAGGGACUCUCAAAACAUUAUAAAACCUCAUAUUUCGGUACGAGACUCGAAAAAACAAUUCUGUGGACCACCAUAAAAUAUGUACCAGCGAAGCUUCUUUUCUUUCUUUCCCAACAUCGUGGUCUUUGAAGAUAGUUACGAGUACAUAGUGGAGGUACUGCAAUUAAGGGGGCUUCGUUCGGCAGUAGAUGAGGAUCUACUUAAUCACUGACUUAAUACCACUAUAACUUUUUCGAUGUCUUUCACAAUACAAUCAAAAUCGUCGUAUCAGUUAUAUGGAGAAAGAAAAUUAUUAUUAAGUACUGUUUUUUUUUUGAAAAACCAGCAACUUCACAUUUUGACUGUAUAAAAUAAUAUCUAGUAACCAUUUUCUUAUAAAAAUCUCGGCUAUUGCUUUGGCAAGCUAUUACCCAACAAAUUUGACUAUAUUUAAAUUAAACUGCUCCACAAAAGUUAAAAAAAAGGAUUUUAUUGCAACAUUAAUAAUAUCUACAAAAUAACUAAACAUUUUAUCUCCAAAGCCUGAUGGUAAAACGUUCUUGGGCUUUAUGUGUGGUUAGUUAAUGGGAUAAUUGCAGUAAUAUGUUCAUCAAGCUCAUAUCUUGAGUCAUAUGUUAACAAUAAGGACUUCCAUUCAUAUGUUUAUUAAAUCCAUGAGAAUAGAAAAUCAAAUUUGAGUUAAACUAAUUCACCCUUAACCCGUAAUUCAUAGAUCGGAACUGAAACACCAGAGGUAUUACGAAAACCUCAUCGUAUGAUACUUCUAGUACUCGAUCAUUAUCAUCAUUAUGCCGUUCAAUUUCUUGGAUUAUGGCUGGUGCCAAUUAGUUCGGAUUAUCGAAUUUUUCCAACCUUUGUGGGGUAGUUUAUUCAUCUUACCACUUUGUAUUAUUUUUCUCAAAUGAUUUGUUAUAUCAUUUCAUACACAAAUCUGAUCAUCACAUUUCAUUUUUAACGCUUAUUUCUUAGCUUAUACUAGUUUCAUUCACAAUGAUUUUCCUUCGUAUUUACUAGGUGGUGGAAAUAUAUUUUAUUUUGAAUUGAAAUGUAUUUAAUGCUUGUUAUCAAUUAGAUAGUGACUAAACGUCGUGAUGAAAAAUAGGUAAAGGUAUUUACUUGAGAGUAUUAAUUAAUAUGGAACACACAAUUUACUAGCAAUUACACUUUCAAGUCCUUUAAGCCGGUUAUACACAUUUGGAAGGCUCGAAGGACCAGUUGGUGAGUUUUGAUAUAUAUUAGUAAAUAGGGUGUUCACUGGAAUGACCAAUUAUAGGAAAUACGCUCUUACUGAUGAAGAAGUGGCAAGUAGUUUCCAUCCUUAACCAUAAGCCAAAUUCCAUAAUUUUGAUCCAAAAGAUUUUAAGAAUAUAAUAAAAAUCAAUUUCAUUUAAAAUAUUUUGGCGAUUAUUGAAACUUGAACUAUUAAAACAAAACGCAGAAUUGCUUAGAAACAAAAACGAAAUCUCGAUUCAAAAAUAAAUCGUCUAAAUUUAAUCCUUUGUCAUGUUUCAUUAUUUAAUUCAAUUAAUUUUUUGGUCAUCGCACAAUUUCGUUUCGUCUUGGCUUAGAAUAACAUUUUGUCUUUGAUUACGUUUUUAUUAAUUUUUUUGAUUUCUAAAUGAAGAAAUACAAUACAAGGUCUUGAUCCGAUUUGAUAACUUUAACUCGAAAUCUUACAUAAGUUACAGCUUUCACGGGACUCCCUACCUACUAUAACCGCGAGUUUUUUCCAGCUUUCACUUUUCUAAAUCUUUGUGAUCACCGAAUAGAGAAAAUGUUAUCACAGAUGUUCUCAUAAGUUUUACUUAAUAUAACAAGCGAAGAUAAUUUCAGUAAAAUUAAAUACAAAGAUGAAUUUGUUGCUUCAAAGUUUUAUUUGUAACUUAAAAACUACUGCAGCCACUUUUGUAUACUUUACAUGGUUACGGGUUACCUACAACAGUAGUGUACAAUUUAAUAUUACACAGGCACUUGUUGUAAUCCUUAUUACAUUUGGAGAAUGGGUAGUUUGUAGUAAUUUCCAUCUAGAUGCAUGUAGUUACGGUCGAUAAUCGAUUAAAUAAAUUGUUACUAAAUCCAUUCGUUUUUUUGUUUUUUGCAGAAAUAAAAGGAAGAAAAAAACAAUCUGAUAAAGAUUUGGGGUUUCUUCGUAUUGGAUCUCUUAAUGUUCGUGUGAAGAAAACGACAGAAGCUUUUAGCAAUUUUCUUGGAGUCGGUAGUGGAAGUGUAACUCCUUUGGAUUCUGUUAACGAAAAAGUACUUAAAGGUUGGGUUUCGGCAGAUAAUGUUAAUAAGGAAGUCAUGGCAGCGCCAAAAGCUUACACUUCGAAGAAGAAGUAUAAAAAAGGUUUUGAAUCUGGAGGUAGCAGCACGCCUAGUACACCGAAAACUCCAACGAAGAGCUUCAGAUCGCUUAACUAUGAUUCAGAUUCUGAUACUGCAGCUGGAUUUGAUUCCAACUGGAAACAAUAAGCAAAUCGUGAUCGCGGAUCUUCCAAAAAAAUUAUAUUUUAAUUGUAAUAUAAAUAGUUUUUAUACACGAUUCUAUUUUUUUACUGCUAAGUAAUUUCCU